GCCGGUAGAAAAUGGCGAGUCUGUGCAGAAGGCAGCAAUGCACGAUCGAGAGGCGCGGCUUUCGGCAGGAGCUUGACUCGUGGAGGCAUAAACUCAUUCACUGUGUAGGGUUCGAAAGCAUUUUGGAGGGGCUGUUUGGACCAGGACUCGUAAAAGAUCUUACCCUCUUUCAAGAUUGUGAGCCGGAGGGUGUGUCAGAUUGGUCGUUUAAUGAGAAUUGUCUCUUUUGCUGCUUGAGACGUGAAAAAGUGAAAGAAAAUUUGGUUGGUUUGAACAGCCAAGUUGUAUCAGAAGCGGACAGCUUCAAAGAGGAGCAGUCCAACAUUAACAAACUUGAGAAGCAAGCAGAGGAUUUCCUCAAUGUUGUCUUCUAUAGAAAGGCAGACCUCCCCAGAUUUACAGACCCCCACAUUCCUCUAGUGGCUCGUGAGAUCAUGCAGCGGAUGAUCCGACAGUUUGCUGCCGAAUAUACCUCAAAAACCAGCUCAACUCAGGACGUACCCCGACCCCAGACCCAGCCCAACGGCACCAAGGACCAAAGCCUGCCGAAAGCGCCCUCGCUGGAGCCGGACGCCCCCUCCCCUGGCACCGGCGCCGCUGCCUCCGCACAGAACCCCGUCCUCAGCAAGCUUCUCAUGGCAGACCAGGACUCCCCGCUGGACCUCACCGUCAGGAAACCAGAGACCCAACCCACAGAACAAGAUGGAGUCCUUGACCUCUCAACUAAGAAGAACCAUAGUCAUGGUAGUGUCUCAAUGAAAAGCUCUCAUGGUUUUUCAAUCAUGCCCACAGUUAAGGGGCGUUCCCAGAGAGCUGAUCACAACUAUCGAGAUGUUGAUGAUGAGGAUGGCUUGCCACCGAGAAGCUUGCAUGAUGUAAUAAGGGAGAACUGUAUUGGUUCUGGGCCCCUCAAGCCACCCUUGGCCCGCUCGCUCCUCAUAAAAGAGGAACUCCUGAACCAGAAACAUCGCCUCCUUGGCCAACCUCUUUCUUUGGCUAGCCUUGAGUCCACGGGUCUCCUCAAUAGUCAAGCCCCGUCCCUUCUUUCCCGCGAUGGGAUAUGGGGGAAAUCCCAUCUAGACAGCCUCCUGAAGCUCAAACAAGUUAGCAGCGACCUAAAUGACCUGCCUCUUUUCCAGGAGAACCAAGGCGUGUUUACCAAGGGUACAAAGUCCCAUGACACCGGUUCCAUCAUGGUAAAGAAAGAACCUGGGCAUUCCCCUCCAGUGGACUUGAAGAUCCCGCAAGUCAGAGGCAUGGAUCUGUCUUGGGACUCCCAUGGGAAUGCAUCGGAUCUCUACGGUUACAGCCCUAUAGCUUUGGGCAACGUACACUCAGAAAACGCGCUCAGUAGGAAGCUUAGGGCCAUCUUACCAAAACAGAGUCGCAGAGCUGCUUUGGGAGGCCUUCUCGAUGGGGGAGCCGUAGGCGAGUACUGGGGUGCAGACCUUGAACAGCCAACUUUGGGACCUCAGUACCCGACAUCAGAUCCAGAGGCAGACCCGACUGGCUCCAAGCAACCCCGAAAGAAAAGGGGGCGGUAUCGGCAGUACAACACUGAGAUUCUAGAAGAAGCCAUUGCUGUGGUGAUGGGUGGGAAGAUGAGCGUUUCGAAGGCGCAGAACAUCUACGGUAUUCCCCACAGUACCUUGGAGUACAAGGUGAAAGAGAGGAUGGGCACCCUGAAGAACCCACCAAAGAAAAAGCUUAAACUGAUGAUGAGGGCAGAGGGGCAAGACUCUGGGAUAACUGCUGAAACUGAAUCCAUGUCGACGCCCACCACCACACCCAUCGCAACGCAAGUGGAUGUCUUGCAGGGGACAGGAGACAAAGCCGAGUAGAUUACACAGAACACCUCAUAAAAUGGAAAACGUUUUUAGAUUCUGACAGACACACAAAAAAAAAACUAAAAUGAUUUGGAAUUGAGAAUGGGGCUUUAAUUGUGCCAAUUUAUACUUGCAGUAUCUGGGUGAGCACAACUGCAGGGAUUCAUGGGAGGAUUUAAGCCUGAUAACUGGGGAUAGGAAACAAAUUGGCAGUUAUCACUGGUCGCAUUGACACUGCAAGCAUUUGCUGAAGUUUUUUACAACAUAAAGCAACAAAUGCGUACUAAAGCCAUAAGAGAGUAUCGACACAGAGACAUUUUAUAAAAAAAAGUGAACAGAUUAACUCUUUGUUUGCCCCCUUCAUCUGAACUUUGCGCGCUGCGCCAUUAGUGCUCACGCGUUUUGGACGGCAUGCCAUUUUGAGAAACGAGAAGCGGGGUUUCAAGGGUUAUGUGCAAGGUUGGAAAUUGACCCUUCAAAAAUGAAUUUAUCUCCUCUGAUUGAUAGGUUUAUGAAAUAAGUCAUGAUCUUUAAAACUAAUUUAUUCCAAGUGGAGUUGGAACACCAGGGAUCGAUCCUAGGCCCGUUUUUCUAUUAACAGGUAAAAUAAUUGCUUUCAACUCUUUGUAGUUUCCUCCUUUUAUAUUCACACCAUUGAAAAAGACUAAGAAUUAGACAUGUCCAUUUUUAAAAAAUGAAGCUUAAGAUUAGUCAUUCAGGGAUGCAUGUUUGUGAUGUUGAAAAUAUUUUUUUUUUUUUACUUUACUGUAUCAAAACUUUUCUUUAACUCUAGCGCUUUCUUUUGCACUACACUUUCAGUCUGGCGCUCGCCAGAGCCUAAAUCUGGCAAUUAGACCUGAUUACCUCGACACUGCUUGCAUUACGCACUUACUGUUCUGUCUGGCAUACCACAUAAUGCUCAUUUUACAGUACUCUUAGUGAGAGCCUCUCUCUUAAAAGGAUUUCGAUGCCCAUGAAGGGACAAUGCCGACUUAAGCCACACAGGACAGGAACGUGUUUCCGAUUCACAUCUUUCUACUAAAUUUAAUCGAGGGAGCGUGCACACAGUCAAAUUCUGGAUGAUUCUGGCUGCUCCCUCAUCGCUGCUUAUAGUCAGUUGCUGACAUUGUAUAUUUAUAAAAAGAAGAGCAUUUUUCACAGAGGGUUGGUUUUGGGGAACAUAGGUGGGAGAAAAUGUAGGUAGGGUUAUGACCAUAUAACCCUGUUAUAUUAUAAAUUAGCAUUCUUACAGAGAGCCAAUUCUUGUCUCUGAAAAGUUUAAUUUCCUCAUGUAAAACUCAGGGCAACUGAGACAAAUAUAGGGAUCAUGUUUUUAGAGAAACACCUUACCUACUUGAACUGGAACCUGUGACACAAUUCUCAGUCAAUGAAUUGGAUCAGGGACAGGGCUUUAUAUUGGGCGUAGGUUGGGUCGAGCUGAGCCAUGGAUUGCAGAUAUUGGUAGGAUGUUAUCAUUCGAAACACCUGGCCAGUUGGAACUUUUCUGAGAUCUCUCUGAAAAUAGCACUUUGUUUAAAAGUAAAAGCUUUUGGGAGUGAUUUAAAGUAGCUUUUGCAGUAGCAGAUAGCAUAAAGAAGACUGGCAAGAUCAAAGGGGGAGCAUUUCAACACCCCCCCGGCGUCCUGCAGCUUAGACCCAAACAUGCUCCUUUUGUUUUGAAAAAAUUACCUCUUCAAUAUACAGUGGUCGACGGCUUGAAUUUUCAGAUUUGUCUAGUGUUGCCUCACUGUUUAUUGUCACAUUGCCCCUUUUUCAAAUAUAAACUGUGUUGUCUGAUGUAUAUAAAACCGAGAAAGCGCAUAGAUCUGUGAAGAUUUCAAAGAGAAGGCUUUUGGAAUGGCAUGCUCCACUUUGAUGUUGUUUUGAAGGGCAUUCUGGUAAAUAUGACUGCCUGGUGCUCACCCAGUCUGUGAAAAACAAUUAUACUUCAAACUUCAGGGUUUCUGAUGAUGAAACUGACUCUUUGAAAUGUACCUUUUAUUUAUUUCAUUAUUUAAUUUGAAUCAUUUAAGUAAAUGGCAUGCACCAGUUCAGUGGAGGCUGAUUAACUAUUUAUAAUCUGACACUUAGUCAUCAAAGUGGACAACUGGGAACACUGUCCUGGACUCACCGUUUUAAUUUUGUUCUACACCUAAUGAAUUUCCCACAUUAUAUUAGGAUUGUAUGAAUUGUAUAUAUUUCCUAAAAUGCUAUACUUGUAAGUAUGGUUGUCAUUUUAAUUAUUAUCUCACUAAGCAAAAAUUAUUUUAGUGUUGUUAACUUUGUUUAAUGAAGUUGCAUUGCAAUUAUAGCCAUGUCUGGAGACACUACUGAAAUGAGUAUAGAUUGUGAUUAUUUUUAAUCAAUGCAACAUACAAUAGUAAACCAUUGAUUUGACAUAUUUGGUUCAGUUUCUACAUUUUGAUCACAUGCUACUGUACUUCUACAUGAAACAAGUAGAAGGAAAAAUUAAUGUAUAAAGAAAUAGAAUAAUAUUCAUUAUUAUAAGCUCUUUAGGUCAUCUGGCAUUAAAUGCACCAACACUUUACCAAUGCUGAGCGUUUGAAGUGUCUAAUUAGAAAUUAGUUAGGUCUUUAAUCAAUCAAUCAAUCAAACAAUCAAUCAGUUAGAUUUAUUUAUUGAUCAACGUGAUGUAAAAUAUUACUCAGCUGUCCUUGACACUUGCCAUUAAAACAUUAUCCUAAACAGUAUUUUGUCUUGUUUUGCAGUAAACAUACCUAAAGAUUUAAAGAUUUAUUGGUUUCUUAAAAUAUUUGAAACCCUUGAAUGACAUUUUUCUUACCCUUAUUUCUUCUUAUUUGGAAAAUUUAUUUUUCUUGUUUUAAAUAUAAAUUUUGUUGGAUUCUCCAAUAAUUUAAAUUUUUACCGGAUAACAAGACAAAAAUAUUAGUUUGAAGUGCAACUAGUAGCAUAUUAGUAGAUUGUUAGUACUAGUAGUGCAAACAGAUUCUAUUAUAAUAGAAUAUUUGCCCCUAUAAUUGGCACUUAUAAAUUAUUGCACUGAUGGCUUCGACUGGAAAAUGUUUUGCAGCACUUAAAAAAAAUAAAAAAACAGUUUCAAACGAUCACUUCUUUAUUGAUAAUCUAGAAAGUUAUGAACUUUAAUGUCACUACUGUACAUUAUGCAACCUGUAUUUAUCAUCAGCUGUCUGAUUCACUAUGGUGCAUGCCAUUUCAACAUAUUUAAUUUAAUUUGAAUGAUUAAUGUAUUAAAUGGUUAACGGCUCCCCCUGUCCAAAAACAUCCUCCUCUUGAAGAAAUGAUACUGUCUUUACUCAAAUGAAUGUAAAACCAUUUACGAAUAAUAUCUUAAACUAGUUGUUUGAACAGACUGUUUAAGUGUUUCUCUUGCUGCUCAUGUUUCAAUAGUUUUUAUUUGUUCGUUUUUUGCGUUUCUCUGAAACGUACACCUGUAGCCUUUAGUACUUUCGUAUCUCAGGAUAGGUUCAGCUGAAAGGUUCGCAAUAUUUGUCAGUCGGAUAACAAUGAAGAAAUAACUACCUGUACAAGACGUGCAUAGACAUGUUCUAUUAACUACAGUCUUUGCACAAUAUACCUCAUCCUCGGGAAUAAACGCACCUUUUUGUGCCACAUCCUUAAAUACCAUUCAGGGGCACGUGGAAAAGGAGCAGUUGAAACUCUGGGAAAUUAUUUUUAUUUUCCUAUUUCACCCUCUUUUUUGUCUUCUAUGAGAGGGAUUGCAAGCGAGGCAUUUCAUGUGUCUGACUGACCAAUAUUUACGCCCUUUUCAUUCAGGUACAGAAAAUCGAACUUUUUGAAUACAAUCAAAAAUUUCGCUUUAGAUUCGCAUCUUGCCAAUAACGGGUCCCAUCCUUUAAGUUUAGUUGAUCGUCAAGGCAAAUAUCAAAGGUUACUGUACUGUAGGUAAGCCACAAUACCUAAUUCCUGUACUCUUAAAUGCGAUUUAACCGUCAUGGAUGUUUUCGUGAAAAACACAAAUGGAGGUUUAAAGAGGAGAAUAUGGGACAGGUGGAAAUGUUAACCUUCUGUUGUUUUUGUGCUUUCUGUAAACUUGUUUUUAAACUGCAUUCCAAAAAAAUUCAAGAGAUACCUUUAUAUGGAAGAAAAAAUCUACACAUAUACAAAUAAUAUAUAUAAUAUUUAUUUUAGUUCAUCUUUUUUUCUGUUUGAAAUUGAAACGCUACACUAAGAAAUGAUGAAAAAUUACACUGUCAGCUACAACCUCAGUUUCUGUACCAUAUGAAGUGCCAUUUGUUUUGUCUCAAGUGGCUCAGACUGAUUUCUUCUCUGAAAAGACGCUCAGAUAGCCUGUUUUCUUUAAUUUUUUGACCUCCACUGCAUAUCCACAUAACAGCAUUACCUCAGGUGAGAUAUCUCCAGAGCAGCUGAUUCUACAUUUAGUUGUAGAAAUCAGGACCUGUACUUGACUUUUACACACAUUUCCAAAAAGACGCAACUAUUACUUUUCAAGGAAGCAGUUUAUAAAUAAUGCUAGUCGCAUUUUUUGUUUUCCUCCGGUGUGCUUUGCUUAACUGAACCACGGGUCUCUUUUUGAAUGCAACUCUAUUGACAUUAGCACACAAAAGUUCAAAUCAAUAGGGCACACAUUUGUACGCCACAAUUAACACACUCCAUACACAGUGACUCACAUGCACACAAAACACCAUCAGGUCUACAUCAUGUGGAUGGUUAUAUAGUUUUAGGCUAUUGGUUUGAUAACUACUAAAGUGUAGCCUAACUAGGUUAUGAUGUGAGAAAGAUUUUUGUUAUAUAUUUAUUUAUUUAUUUUCAAACCACAAGCCCAAAUUAUCUUGUCAUGUUGCAAUUCUUUCAAGUUCUCUCAACUUUUUUCCUCAUUGUUUUUUGUGCGAUAAAAAUGAAUAGGCACACCUUUCUUCAACAGAAUACAUCUGCAAAAUUGGGAGAAACAAAUCGGCAAACAUGGUAGUCCAAUUAAAUUAUAGAUAUCCAUCGUACUGUCAAUCUGUGCACUCAAAUUACUUGCACCAUAACUGUUUUCUAUGUUUGUGAAAAUAUUAUGUAGUUUUAGGAGCCAUCAUUUUCAUUUGAUGGCAUGAUACUAAGUCGAAUGUUUUAUUAGGUUUAGAUUUCCAGCCGUAUAGCUAAAAAUAGCUGUUGUCAUGGUACAACUUGCAGCACACGCCAUGGUAAAAGACAUGUUUUGAAUGUAAACGUCUAGAGAAACAUGUCUCAGAGAAAACUGAUGGACGUGCAUGGAUAGUUUUGCUCAGAAUAGAUAAACUCAGAUAUUUGCGUUCACCAUGAUACUUUAUGCAUUUCCUUGAAAUUUUGGUGUCAUCCGGAGUGUCAGUUUUGCAGUGUUCAGUCGUCACCAAUAGUUAGAUAAUUGCAUUCAAUCAUAAUUACAUGACUAAUUGUUGUUUACUAAUUAAUAGAAAUGAUGAGCCAAUGAUACCUACAGGUAAUUGGUAACGGCAAUCGAAAAUUGUUAACCAAGGCAACUUACAAUCUGUUAUUUUUCUUCAAUUAAAUUGAAUCAAUGUCGUGUAUAUUGCUUUAAUGCAAUUAAAUAUAAAUAAAUAUAUACAUGUUUGUGUGUGUGUGUGUGUGUGUGUGUGUGUGUGUGUGUGUGACAUAUCAGGACACAACUCAAUGGGGACAAAACAAUGGGGACAAAAAUGCUUUUAAAUCAUACAAAAUUAGUCUUUUUGAGAAAGUAAAAAUGCACAAAGUUUCCUGUGCGGGUAAGGGUUAGGUGUAGGGUUGGUGUAGGGCCAUAGAAUAUACAGUUUGUACAGUAAAAAAAAACAUUACGCCUAUGGGAUAAACACACUUUUCACAAAAACAGAUAACCACACCCCCAAAACACUCUAUUGGUUAAGCCAAUGCUGCUAUGCUGGGAUGGAGUGCAUUUCCCAAAAGCAUCUUUAGCCAACUAUGGUCAAAAUUCCUUUGAACUUGCAGGUGGUAGGGUAAUAACCCCUACUUAUUGAUUUGAGAUCGCCGAGAUGUUGCUGUAAUGAUCAUUGCACCCGAUAACUACUUCGCAGUUUAUGGUCCAUUUCAUUUUGGGUUUUUAAUUCUUCCAUCUUAAAUCAUACUCCGGAGUUCCUUUACACAUUUAUGCACAUGUACACUCUUCAAAGAUGGUAAUUACUGAGGACACACUACAAUGCAUAAAUUUAAAUGAAUACAUCCACAUUUUUCCUGAGUAACCGAUGAGCGCAGCCAUGAUGGAUUUUAAAUUACGUUUGGAUGCCCUCCUGUUCCGGUCUCCAAAGAAAUCUGUGAUCAGAUAGGGGUAAAAAAGAUUGACUUUUUAGAGUUAAUUUAAUUGAAACUUUUUAAAUAUAACUAAAUAUAAAAUUAUUUUUCCAUUACGAAGCAAACAAGACUUCUGUGUUCGAGAAAAAGGUUGAUAUUUUAAUUGAAUUGAUAAUAUAUCUAGUACUGCAUUUUAGCUUGUUUUUGCGCCCAUGAGCAAAAUUUAUUUACGUCAGUAUGUGUUACUAACAAAAGACAAUGCAUCUAACGACAGAUCGAGAGCUAUAUUUCCAACCAUGCUUGCGAUGCUGUUUAUAAAUGUUCAUUUAAACUAUAAUUCUGAUGGAACACAAAAUUGUUGAAAUAUGUUGGUAACGACAAAACAUGAGACCAUAGCAGGCUAACCAUGCUUUCGGAAAAUGCACCACUGAUCAUUGUUUUUUAAAUGAGCCAGUGUGUACGCUUUUCAGUGGAAUCAACCAACAAGUUAUUUUCCAGUCUACGUAAAACAAGGACAAUAAAGAUCUUAAACUUCAAUAAAAUUACACACUUCAUCAUUACAAUGAGAUGUUCCUGCAAAGACUUCAGUGUGAAUUACAGUAUAUGGAACAGAGCCAUGAAAAGUGAACAACAGACCGCUGCCUCUCCUGUCUCUGGAAUGGGAUAUUAAUAUGGAUGGCAAUGAAGACUUCGUUCUGCUAGCUCAGUGAGAGGUCAAACAGGGCAGUGAAUACACAAAUGAAAGCAGAAAGGCGAAAAUGAGUUUGAUCAAAUGGUCAACGUUCUUCUAAAGAACUUGAGGACUUUUGGCCGUGAAAGGGCUGCCAUUGUUUCCAUGACAAUCUUGCACGAUCAUUCAAGUAAAGGUGUGCCUAUUCUAAGCAGUCUUUCAUUUAAGCAAAACCCACAUUCUUUUCUGUUAUUUUAUACCAAUAUUGUUGCAUUUUCAGUAUUUUUUACAUGCGAUUUCUACCAUUGAAAUGUAGACCUCUUUUUUUUGUUUCGUUUUUAUUUCUAAUUUUCCAAAACACAAAUGGAGAGAAUUUUAGAUGCGUUGGUAGUUAUGAUGUUUCCUUCUGUGUGCAAUUUGUCCUUCUACUUUGUUGGCAUUGCAUAGAAUAUCAUGCAUGAAUCUGCUCUUGACCAUUAACUUCGUCCAUGACUGUUUCAACCCUGCAGUCAAUUAAAACUCUGCGGGAUUAGGAUUAUUAGUUUUGCUACCUCAAUUUACAGAUGGUUUUGAGAAAGGAACCCUUUGGUAGUAAAGCAAAAAUGACUUUUAUCUUGAGGGACUGACUGUCCCUACAGGCUUUUGUCGAUCAUGUUUUUAUAAACAUGUUGGUGGUUUGAUCGGCUUACGUGCUGUACUGUAUGUAGCAUUUUAGAUGCACACACUGGCUCAUAAUUCCCAAGGUCAUGGUCCCGUUCUGUCGGAAAGCAGUUAUACAUUCCGCAUGCACAUAUGUGUAUCUAAUAAAACUUGUUUUGAUAAAGGGUAAUGAUAUUUUUGGACCCAAAGGUCCCAAGUUAUGCAUAUCGACUGCUUCUAAGACCAGUUCUUGGGAAGAAUCAGGUUGACCGAUCACCUCAAAAGUUGGAAACGCGUCGUUAUGUGUGUUUCCUCAAGAAUCUAGUAUAGUCACGCCAUACCAUAUGAGUUUGUGUCCUUGAAAAUCAAGCCAAAUGCAGUCUGUGGGCAGUAUCUUUGGUCGCAUUCGCAUAUGUCAAAGUUGUGCAUCUUAUCUCUUGAUGGAAUGCUGUGCUUACACCUUUUUUGUGGGUUUUUCCUUGUAUGGAGUCGAAGCUUUAUGGAGCAAACAUGCCUUUUGCUAACUGUUUGGCUGUGUUCAUAAUUCCAAGUACUUUCUAAAGUUUCGUAAGAAUUCUCAGAGAAGAGUCUUAACGUUGUAUAGGUUUGGCGUUCAGUGUAGUAUGAUGAUCGUAUCCCUUCUCCUGUACCCCCUCAGGUUAAUGCAUGAGAGUGGAAUGAUUAGGCUCGGCUAAAGAUUGAUACCUUUUCUAUAUUUCUUAAUACUAUUGAUAUUGUGAUUACUUCGAUUAAAAACGCUUGCCUUUAGGUUCCAUUUUUUUACUGCUCAUAUUCCAGAAUCCUAGUAUCCGGUAAACUGGGUUAAAAAAUGGUUUUGGUGAUUUUUAUUUUGCAGUAUUAAACUAUAAGUGGGCAAAUGAGUCUAGCAAGGCAAUACUCGUGAUUUAAGUCCCCUUGACUUGAGAAAAGUGAGUUUGCUGUCGCAGGCCCAAGAAAGCCGCGAUGUCCUUAUCAGACCGCCUUUUGCAUUUCAAAAGAUUCAGCCAAAUAACCUUAGUUCAGUGCUUUAUAAACGGCGAGGAUUGUAAAGUACAAAUAACCUGGGGAAACAAAAAAAAUGGACUCUCUAACCUUAGACUUUUCAUUCGGUCCCUCGAGACCUACGAGGCCACAAAGACUAUUUAUUUUGUUUCUGACGUCUGUACAAUGUGUGAUGUUUCAAGUUAAAGAAAGAAAAAAAAACCUUACAACACAGAAUACCUCAGAUAAUAAAUCCAUGUAAAUCUUGACAGCCUCCACGUGUAGAUAGAGCCGUGUUCACUGCCUCCCCAUCCCUCAUGUCUCUACUUCUAUAAUUUCACUGCCCGUUAUAUGUUGUGGAGGUUUCAUUACUUUCCUUUUCAUGUUAGUUUUUGUUCGUCCCGGGAACAAAUGAACCAUUAUUUAAUUCAUCGUUCACCUGUGUGCUUGACAAAGUUAAGCGGUGUUCACACUGACAGCACUUUGCAAGUGACUCGAUUCCAAUGGGAGUUGGCGAUUUGAAGCGACGUGAGUGUUGAUGAUGUGGCAAAGUUAAGCUAGUCAGUUUUAUGCAAAUGUGUAGUAAUGAGGUGACAACCAAUGGGAGCCUAGACUGUGAUUCGUCACCCGAUGGUGGAAACUGUGGUUGAGUUGAAACGUCUUCUGGCAACCAACAGUACAGCAACUUUGCGACCUCCAGAGUUUUUAUCGAAGACAGUGUGAAAGCCGCUUAAGGAAAGACAUUGCCUCAGUAGUAGAUGCAGUAGAAGUGAUGCAGUGAUAUUACAGACCAAGUACCAUGUUUCUAAUUGCAGAUUUCAGUCUAUUACCUUAAAUUAAGUUGUGACUCAAAACCAGAUUUUAAAGUGAAAAGGAGGGCUUUGUCUUUUUUAGAGAUAGUUUGUUAAGCAUAAGCCAUAGUUUACGCAUUUGUCGAGCGUAAUUUCAUCAUCGUUCUCAUUAUCAGCUAAACUGAAUGUAGGGGGAAAAAGAAUAAAUAAUUACUCUUAACACACAAACUAACUUUUUAUGUAUCUCGUAUGUACUUUAGGAAAAGCUAUAGGUUAUUAUAUUAAUGUGUUCUUAAAUAUAUAUACACUCAACAGUCAGCGUGCAUUGUAUAUAAUGUUCUGUAUAGUUAUAUACUUAUCUUCUGGAACGAGAUGUUUAUCUCGUCCUCAUUUGAUUCAGGGAACAAACAUUUCAGUGUAGUAUAUUUAGACUCCUGUGUACCGCAUUUGUAUAGUUGGUGUUCAUUUGCUCACUCGUUUCUUUUAUCGUCCACAUACUGGAAUGAUAGUUAGUCUUGAAGUGAGCUAAACAAAGUAUAAAUUAAGUUAUUGUAAGGCAUCUAACGCUGCACUGGUGCAGACAGCUGUUUUUUCCACAAUACUGUACAAACAUAAAUAUAUAUUGAGAGGAAGCGCAAACUUUUUAAGGUGGAUGUCUAUAUAGUCUCGUGCCCAUUCCGUGAUUUCAUUUUUUUUGUAACAUUUUGUUUUACUAACAGCAUUUUCAAUGAUUAUAAAAUAGUCAUUGCGGCAUCAGUCGACGAUGUAAAUGAAUUUUCCCUGUGAAAAAGCCACGUUUUGAGGUAUUGCUUGUUAUUUUUGCUUGCUAAAUGUACAUGAAAUAAGUUCAGAAGUAAGAUGGUUAAAUUAUUUGUGAACACUGGAUCUCUAUCGGACGAUGUCCUAAAAUCAUCCUUAUUCAUUACGAUGAAGAAACGCGCCCUUGGUGUGCUUUGCUGCAACUGCUUUUUCUUAACGAUAAUGAUGUUUAUUACUAUUUUAAUUUAUUGUGUGGAGUGAAACGUCUCCGUGGCCGUGAGCUGGUUGUGUGUGAGUGUGUGGAACUGCUUGAGGUUUUGAAUUUUUUGCUUUUUGCUCAUGCAUUUUGUGGAUAAACCAUUUCUUAUACACCAAAUCUUGUGAUUUCUGAUAAGACAAGCCUCUGAGUAGUGGUUUUCUUGAUCAUCUGUGAAAAAAAAAAAGAAGAAAACCGAUCCUUAAACCAUUUCUCUAUUAACCUUAAAUCCUCUUAUUAAGCCACAACUACGAUUCCCUCAGGGACAAAUGACACUGAUUCAAUCUAUUCAGGUACUUUCUCUAGAUUCUGCGGCCUAGCUGUUAAAAUACGAAAAAAAGUACAUAUUUUUUGAAAAAUUGACCAAAAGAAAUUGGUCGCUCGUAACGAGUCAUUUUUAACCUGUUGUCGCUUAAUUUCUUUUCCUCUGUCCUUUUAAGUUUUUGUAUUCUUUGUAUCCAGACUUAAGUACAAUAUACAAAAUGAAUGUCAAGCUGAAACUUCAGGUGAAGAGCAACAUGUGCUUUUCAUUACAAUUUCUUCUGCACACACUGUGCCUCAAAUGCCUGAAGACAGUAGAACAACACUAUAGCGACAAACAUCACACCAGAGCCCUCCAUGAUAGUGGUCGACCGGUCUCAGCGCUCCUAUACAGACGUACCUCUACAGCGCAAGGCCUGAUCUUUCACAUUUGCAGUUAGUGAUUGGUAGUUUUGGUCUCUGCUUGUAUCAUGUAAGUAUUUCAGCUGCCUGAAGAAACUGCCUCUCCAUAUGUGAAUGGCUUUACAUUGGGUUCUGAUUGUCUGGUUUUAAUUUGUGCUUGCUUUUUUGUUCUUGAGCUUUUAGGUGCCUACUCUUAUUGUCAAAAAAGCUCAGAUACUUAAAGGAUUUAUAAACUAACUGGCUGAUUUUCGUCUAUAAUUAUUAUUAGAAAGUCAGGAAUCGUGCAUAUUAAAGCGACCUUAGAGGUUGUGUUAAGGCGGCAUUUACUCCUCUAUUAGUCUUGGUGUUGAGUUUCGUUGUUAUUUUUCCUCAGAUUUGCAGUUCUCAAAACAUUCUUGUUGUUCUUGUCAUUGUGGGUUUUAGUUUGCGAUGCCUAAUAACAGGCAGUGAGUUUGUUGUUUUCCACACAGGCUUGGAUUCAAAAGUUCAGGCUUGAUUUAAGGCAAAAAAUGAAAUACUUACAUGUUAACACUUUUAAUACGAGACACAGAAUGGGUUUUUAAAACACGUACGUUUGCCAGUGUGGGAUAAGGUGCUGCUUUUUCCGAAUCUUUGUUUUCGAUAUACCUCAGACCAUCUAGAUCGAAACGAGUGCUUUUUACAAUAUGGCAUCUUGCCCUGUAACACACUGGUUCCUUAGAGUCACUGCAACUGUUGGAAUACAGGCGCUUCAAAACUGGAAUAGACCUCAUUUCAAUAUAUACUGUUUACUCUUUGACAAAAACAUUGUAUAGUUUAAUAUUUUCUUGUACUGUAGAUUUAUGUAUGUAUAUUAAUUUGUUCUUUUUUGUACUGUGUGUUUGACUUCUAUUCUAGACCAUUAUCGAUGUCUGUGUUCGAGCACUUACGAGGAUCACAAUUAUUAUAUAUAUAUAUUUUUUUUUUUGCACUAUUUGUUUUGGGUUCGUUUUUUUUUUUUUCGUUUGAAUGCAAAUUCUUAUUUUUGAGCUGGGCUAAUGAAUAAUGUAUGUGAUUUGUAAAAAAAAAAAAAAAAAAAAUUUAAAAGGAAAAAAUUGAUUAGAUUUUCUGUGGUCUAAUAAAAAUAAAAAAUAAAAUACUCUCUUUUUAUUUGCAUUGGCCGUUAAGCAAAAUGCUGAUUAGAUCCGUCUUUGUGCAUGUGUGGAAUUUUACUGGUUAUAUUUUACCCAUUAGGAAAAAAAUUCAAUUUUUCAACACAUUUUAAUUGUAACAUUGUGCAACUUAGUAUUCACUGGAUGCUAGAACCUUCUUAUGAAAACCACUAUUCUUCUAAUAAAUUUUUGUUGUGAAAAUGAA